UCCCUCAUUGUUUUUCCUGUCCUCCUCUCUAAUAUUAUUGUGCUCAUGAUGCCAGUUGCAUUUGGAGCUCACACAUACAAUGUAGUGACCCUUGGAGCCAAGCCAGGCGGAAAGACCGACUCUACAAAGGCCUUCCUCACCGCAUGGGCCUCAGCUUGCAGCUCAACCGGUCAAGCCACUAUCUAUGUUCCUAAAGGGACUUACUUGAUCGGUUCGACCAUUACAUUCAAUGGACAGACUUGUAGGUCAAGUUCCAUCACAAUCCACAUUGAUGGGACCUUAGUUGCACCAUCCAAUUAUCGCAAGCUUGGUAGCAGCGCAAAUUGGAUCAUAUUCCAGAGAACCAACCGUCUUUCAAUCUAUGGAGGCACUCUUGACGCCAAAGGCUCGGGCUUGUGGGCUUGCAAGGCCUCCGGCAGCCACUGUCCUUCAGGCGCUACGUCAUUGGAAUUCAGCAAUUCAAAGAAUGUCUUAGUAAGUGGUUUGACCUCCUUAAAUAGUCAAAUGUUUCAUAUUGUCAUCAACGGUUGCAAUAAUGUGAAACUACAAGCACUUAAAAUCUCCGCCUCAAGCAACAGCCCCAACACCGAUGGAAUCCACAUCUCUUCGUCUUCUGGCAUUACAGUGGUAAACUCGAAAAUCGGUACAGGAGACGACUGUAUCUCCAUUGGCCCCGGCUCCACUAAUUUGUGGAUUGAGAACAUUGGUUGUGGCCCGGGCCAUGGUAUCAGUAUUGGGAGCUUGGGGAAGGAUGUGAAAGAAGCCGGGGUCCAAAAUGUGACGGUUAGGACAGCGACAUUUACAGGGACACAAAAUGGGAUAAGGAUUAAGACGUGGGCGAAACUUAGCAAUGGGUUUGUAACAAACGUUCACUUCCAACACGUCACGAUGGUAGGUGUUCAAAAUCCCGUCAUCAUUGACCAACAUUACUGCGACGGAAACAACAACUGCCCUAAUUUGGGUUCUGGAAUAAAGAUUAGUGAUGUUACAUACGAAGAUAUUCACGGAACAUCUGCAACUGUUGUGGCAUUAAAUUUCAAUUGUAACAAAGUGAAGCCGUGUAGUGGAAUAAUGUUGAAAGGCGUAAAUCUUAUCUAUGCAAAUAGCAAGACGGUUGUACGAUCAUCGUGCUCUAACAUCCGAGGCAGUGCGUCACGAGUGGUCUCUCCUAGGAGUUGCCUAUAGUAUUAGUAUUGUAAUUAUUGAUAUAUAUGUUAGCAUAAUAAUUAAGCUUAAGAAUAAUGUAUUAGAAAUUUGAAGA